AAUCACCACCCAUCAUGACUCUAACAACUUUUUCCAUGCUGUCCUUGCGCGACACGCUGGUCCUGGAUUUCGUUGGAGCACUCCUAGUGCAUGCUAUCUAUAAGAGAUAUGAGAUUGACCCGUCUCGCCCUGUUGUCACCUCUCUUCUGCUUGGAGGAGUGCCUUCAAUAUGUGCUUUCCUCCUGAAGGCACACCUAGGCUCAAUGAUUUAUGCCGUCCCAAUCGCAUGCACUGUGUUCUAUACGACGUUGAUAACGUCUGUGGUGCUGUAUCGCAUAUCACCUUUCCACCCUCUUGCGGGGUAUCCGGGGCCCCUCUUGGCUAGGAUAACCAAGCUGUAUGGUCUUGCUAAGAUGGCAAGCGGAAAGAACCACGAGUGGUAUAAGAAACUUCAUGAGAAAUAUGGCCCAUAUGUUCGUGUAGGUCCUAACGAAGUGUCUGUCGUUGAUGCAGACGCGAUAUCGUCUAUUCUUGGAUCAAAUGGUCUUCCCAAGGGACCCAUGUGGGAUGCACGACGAAAUCCAUACGGAGUGCGAGCUCUAAUUGCCAUACGUGAUCCUCAGGAACACGCACGGCGCAGGAAAACAUGGAAUCGCGCGUUUAGCACCACUUCCGUAAAAGGCUAUGAACAGAUUCUUAUCCGACGUGCUCUGCAGCUUGUCGGAGAGCUUGAGAAACGAGCUCAAGUAAAAGGCGGUCCCCAGAAAUCUUCUGUUGAUUUAGCGGAAUGGAUGAGAUUCUUCACGUUUGAUUUCAUGGGUGAUAUGGCGUUUGGUGGCGGCUUUGAAACAAUGCGCGACGGUCCCGAGGAUGUACCCAUCUGGCACGCCAUGGAAGGCGGAGUGAAGGGUCUAGCUCUACUUCAGCACCUUCCAUGGGCUCUCUAUCUCAUGUACAAGCUCCCAGGAGCCACUAAGAAUGUCAACCUUUUACGAGAACAUUCAAUAGCGGCUGUCAGGAGACGUAAGCGGGAAGGCUCACUCUCAAAAGACCUAUUUCAUCACCUUAUUGAUGAAGAUGGAGUGGAGAAAGAGAAGCCGGCUGAUGGAGAAGUCACGUCUGACGGAAUUCUGGCCAUUGUUGCUGGUUCCGAUACGACAGCCACCGUGUUGGGUGGACUGUUCUAUAAUUUACUCGUACACCCAGAAGACUUCCAGAGACUGCAGAAUGAAGUGGACCAGGUCUUUCCUCCCGGUGAAGGUGACCCAACUGAUAUGUCAAAGCUCAAUGAUAUGGAAUACCUCAAUGCGGUUAUAAAUGAGGCGUUACGAUUCUGUCCACCUGCAAACGUCAUGCAACGAGGAACGACAACUGAGACUGGAGGCAGGUACUUAGGAAACAAGUUCAUUCCAGAGAAGACGGCCGUCGACGUCCCACUCUACGUCAUCUUCCGCGAUCCACGCUAUUUCUCUCCUGCGCCAGAGGAAUUCUGGCCCGAUAGGUGGCUCAACUCGGAAAUGAAGAAACGCACUCCGAAGCAAAUGGAAUACUCCGCCGAAAAGGCGGAGACGGAAACAGAGACGAUGACCUCAGCUGCGUUCAUACCAUUCUCCUACGGCCCAGCGAACUGUGCUGGACGGGCUCUUGCAAUGGCGGAACUUCGGAUGGUCGUGGCGUUAUUGGUGCAACGCUUUGAUAUGCGCCUUGAAGAAGGGUAUGAUCCGAAAGAGUGGAAUGAUAAGCUUGAGGAUUGGUUUGUUAUGCUUACUGGGAAGUUACCUGUCGUGUUGACUGUCAGAAACUGAGUACAGGAGUACAGGAUAUUAAAUGUUAGUGACGUUUAGUUAUGUAUGCCCGCUCCACGGCGAAGUUCCUUUGUUAUGUCGAAAUUCUUU